CACUGGAUAGCCGAAUAGAUGGAUUGGAUGGGAUGAAUGUGCAGUGUGUAUAAAAGAGUUCACAGUUCAUUUCAUGCCCGCCUCUCUCCCGUUCAUUUCUCUUUUCUCUUUUCCUCUCUCAUCAUACACUUCUCUCUCUUUAUUCUAUCAUUGACAAUUACCUGGACAAUUUUCUCAUCUUGUUCAUUGUCUUUAAUAUCUGCAUUCCAUUCUUUGCACUGUAUUCAACUAUCUUACUACCUUGUUCAGAUUCGUAUCACACAUCAAAUUGGCAACAUGCAGGCCUUGACACCACUUCUUUUCUCAAUGCUAUUCUCUCGCUCUGGCAACAAGAGCCCCAUAACUGAAAGAGAUUAUCCUGUCGAGGGCAGUAAUUAUUCGUAUGAAGCACUCUCGAACGGUCAGAGCGUGCGUCGUGCUAGUAGCGGCAGCUUCCGCAAUAACACGCAUCGACAGGCUUUUCAGGAUGGCUAUCCUAUCCAAGAUCUUGAUAGCCAGCAAAAUCCCAGCACUAACGCACCCCGCCACCGUAGCGCAGGCUCUACCCGCAGAUGUUCCUCUGACCCAAACAUGAACAAAAGACCAAAUAAUGCUGGACUGAACCGUAACAAUACAUUUCCUCAAAGCCGAAGGGCUGCUCCUCCACAGCACCUCUCUCUGGAUCAUGCGGCCUUCAUGGCCACAUUCCCUAUGCUUGAUGGAUUGGGCGAUACAACUAGUAAACGAAUGAGCGAUUUGGAGUACUACGCACCCAUUUUGAAUUACCAUGGCACUGCUUCUUCCCCAUCCUCGCGAAGAGUAAGCAAAAAGCGCUCUCAAGAGAUUGCUAGUUCUCGGUCAUCUACAUGUUCUAUUUCAUCCAUGGUCUCAGAUGCUUCAACUGCCGCAUCAACGGUGUCCUCUGCUUCUUCCAUUCGGGAGCCUCUUACGCCUACCAGACACUCCACCAAUUAUCGCAACAGCCUUAGCAAAAAGACUAAAAAAGCAGCAACUGAAUCUACCAUCAAGGAUUUGAUCAAUCUUGACAACUUUGGCGAUGAUGAGGUUAUGAGAUGCGCCUCUCCUCUGUCCCACAAUGCAUUUGAAGAGGAUCAGGCUGUGCUCGCUGGAUCAGCCAUCGCCGUUGUUGGUGCGCGUGGUCAAAGACAACUUAUUGCGCACUAAAGUACUAAAACAAUCGGGUUCAAGUAGGCUACGCCAAGCAUCGAGCAUCGAUUAUGCAUCGGCAAAGAUCUUAAUUUAGUAUGUCUGAGGCUGCGCGCCUGUAUUUUUACGACAGCAAGGCAAUGCCGGCCACUUGGUCCCAUAACCUUACUUUAUUUUUUUCCCCCCUACUCGCCAUCCCCUAAUUCGUUUACAUCCUUUCAUAUAUGCCUUUGUUUCCUCUCGCUCUCUUGCUCUCUUGGGCCCGGGUGGUCUCUUUUCUCAUUAGCAACUGUACAAUAGCGUCUAUACCCUUAUAGAAUUAUAAAUACAUACAUAUUAUAUAUAUAAAUAAUAUUUUCUGCAACC